GAUACGAAGGGAACAUUCCAACCUCCUCCUCCUCCGGCCGCCGCCGCCGCCGCCGCCUCCGCCGAUUUACCCGCGCCCUGUCGCCGACUCGCCGAGAUGGCAACGGAGGCUAACCCCUACGCGAUGCCGUCGCCGGUGCAACCGUCGGCAAGCAGGACGGAGACGGUGAAGAAUGCACUGUCGCGGUGGGGGCGGAGAGUCGGCGAGGCCACCAGGAAAGCCGAGGACCUGUCGCGCAACACAUGGCAGCACCUGAGGACGGCGCCGAGCAUCAGGGAGGCGGCCGUGGGGAGGAUCGCGCAGGGGACCAAAAUCCUGGCCGAGGGCGGCCACGACAGGAUAUUCCGGCAGGCGUUCAGCGCGCCGCCCGACGAGCAGCUCCGCAAGUCGUACGCGUGCUACCUCUCCACCUCCGCCGGGCCGGUCAUGGGGAUCCUGUACCUCUCUACGGCCAGGGUCGCCUUCUGCAGCGACAACCCACUCUCCUACGAGGCCGGCGGUGGCCGGACAGAGUGGAGCUACUACAAGGUGGCGAUUCCUCUGCACCGGCUGAGGUCGGCGAGCCCGUCGGCCAGCAAGCAGAGGCCAGCGGAGAAGUUCAUCCAGCUCAUGUCGAUGGACCGCCAUGAGUUCUGGUUAAUGGGCUUUGUGAACUACGACAGCGCGGUCAAGCACUUGCAGGAAGCUCUCAGCGGCUUCCACCACUUGCAAGCGUGACGGGACGGCAGCAUCGGCGUCUGCUCCAGCGUGCGUGGGCUGCGGUUUCCGUUUUGGUUUGCGUCUUGGGUGUUAUGCUCUAUUCUCCAUGUCGAUGUGAUUUGUGUCUGUAGAUUGAGAUUGUUUUCCAAACAGUCAAAUCCUGUUGGCAUUGCAGAUGUAGUAUGUGAUAUGAUAUCUGUUUGGUGGCACGUCCAGAUUCCUGAGA